AUGGCUAACUUUAUCCUAGAAGAGGAUAGGGAAACUAAGGCUACAGAGUUCGAACAGCUCAAGCAAGGGAAUAAAAAUGUGCAAGAGUACAUCAUAAGGUUAGCUAAGCAUGCUCCUCACAUGGUUAAGACAGAAAAAGCAAAGAUUCGCAGGUUUAUUGGCGGUUUGGCUUACCACAUUAAGGAUACGACAUCAGCUGCAGCAGUAUGGAUGAUAGCCUUCUCCUCUGUUGUGGGAUUUGCCGAGCACUUAGAAAAAGACAGACAACAAAGGAGAGAAGAAAAAGAGCAUAACAAGAAAGUUCGGACAGCGGGCAGGUUUAAUGGUACAUCCAGCGGAGGUGGAAGGGAUUCCUCUAAUAAGGAGUCAUUAACACCAGCUCAGUCCAGUCAUCAGUCAGGUGGUGGGUCUUCUUUCAGACGUACCCAGAGUUAUGGAAAUCAGUCUCGCCAGAAUCAGAAUUUUAGGACACCAUCCUCACAUAGCCAGAGUCAUGCUGAGCAACAUUCACACCAACAAAGUCUUUGUGGAACAUGUAAAUGGCAACAUUCAGGUCAUUGCAAGCUUGGGUUUCAUGGUUGCUAUCAUUGUGGAGACAUUGGUCAUAUAAAGGCCAACUGCCCAAAGUUACGUCGUAAAUUUAGUGGUGGAUCAACUCGUCCUUCUAGUUCCUCAACUACUGCAGUUGCACCACCUCAGGCUCAUGGUUCUCAUAAUCAGAUCGGGCAUGGGGCAAGCAGAGGUUCAAUGUUUUCAUAUGUGACUCCAUACUUUGCAAUUAACCUCGGGCUAGAACCUGGACAACUUAGUGAGCCAUUCCUAGUAUCUACUCCAGUUGGCAAGUCAGUGAAAGUCACUAGAGUCUAUAGAGGUUGUAUAGUUUCAGUCCAAGGUCACAACACCAAGGACGAUCUCAUAGAAUUAGAAAUGGUGGAUUUCUAUGUGGUCAUGGAAUUAGAACCACCAGCUCUUCAGUCACUGCCAAUUGUUAGAGAAUUUCCAAAAGUUUUCCCAGAUGACCUUCCCGGACUUCCUCCUGAAAGAAUCGUAGACUUUGGCAUUGAUCUCAUGACAGGUACUCAACCCAUAUCUAUACCUCCUUAUAAGAUGGCUCCAACAGAACUUAAUGAGUUGAGAGAACAAUUGAAAGACCUUCUUGAUGAGAGCUUCAUCAGGCCGAGUGUUUCACCGUAG